AUGCUGGCGAUCGUGGAGAAUACCAAAAACGAAGUCAAAAAUUACAUCUACGAUGAUGGACACCUGGCCAGUCGAGGGGUGGCGAAGAUCGCUUCGUACACUCGAACUUCCAGAGAAAAUAUCGCUUACGCUGCAAUGGGCAUUUUCGCGGUCUACCUGAUUUUCGGCUACUUCGCAGAGCUUGUUUGCAAUUUCGUUGGAUUUGCAUAUCCGGCUGUUUUUUCAAUACAAGCCAUUGAAUCAAUGGACAAGAAGGACGAUGCGAAAUGGCUUACCUAUUGGGUGGUGUUUUCCGUAUGCUCGUUGGUAGAUUUUGGAUCACGAGUGAUCAUGCGAUGGUUUCCGGUGUAUUGGUUAUGUAAAUGCGCGUUCUUUUUGUGGCUCUUCUUGCCGUGGAUGAAUGGCGUUCAAGUCUGCUACAGUCGGAUCAUCAGACCGUUCAGCAAGAAGUACUCGAAGCUGUUCGAGACCAUGGAAGGAACGGUAGCACAGUAA